AUAUUGAUCAAUGGAAAAUUUCUUGAACUUCUACUAUUUCUUGCUAAUCACAAUAAUGAUAUCAACAAUGUUGUACUGGAAAAUGCUCCGAAGAAUCUUCAAGUAACAGCUCAUGAUAUCCAAAGGGAAAUUGUAAAUACAGUAGCAAGUGAAACAACCAGAGCAAUAAUUAAUGUUCUUGGAGAUGAUUUGUUUUCUAUUUUGAUUGAUGAGUCUUGCGAUGUCUCAGUUAAAGAACAAAUGGCUAUUCUAUUAUGCUAUGUGAAUGAAGAGGGAAGCAUCAUCGAAUGGUUUCUUAGAAUAGUUCGUGUUAAUGAUACAACUGCUUUAUCACUGAAAUUUGCAAUAAUCCAUUGUUUUCGAAGCAUGGAUCUAGUUUGUCAAGAUUAUGUGGUCAAGACUAUGAUGAAGCUACGUAAAGACAUUUUAAGAGAAGCACAAGCUGUUAAAGUUGUUGUCGGAUUGACAGAAGUUGUUGCUAUAGAUGGUAAAAGUUUUGAGCAAAAAGGUGGAGCAUAUGAUUUAUUGAGUUCGAUACAAUCUUUUAAGUUUAUAUUCAACAUGCAUUUGAUUAAAAAUGUUUUGGGAAUUACAAAUGAGUUGUCACAAGCAUUGCGAAGGAAAGAUCAAGACGUUGUAAAUGCUAUGAAAUUGGUUAUAUUAUCAAAGCAACGUCUACAAUAG